AUGAAUGACGAUAUCCACAAACGUCGGAUUCUCUUGAUCGGUUCAGGAGGCAGAGAACAUGCGCUGGCAUGGAAGCUAUCGCAGUCCGCAUCUGUUGAACAUGUCUAUGUGUUUCCUGGGAAUGGAGGCACCGUUCAAACGGAAAAGAUUUCCAAUGUCGUCGACGAAAGCAUAGUUACUGAACGAGAUUAUCCAGCUCUAGUCACACUGGCAUUAAAGCUUAACAUUGGCUUGGUUGUUGUAGGCCCCGACAGCGCCGUCGUUGAUGGUAUUGAAGGAUAUUUUCGUCAGAGUGGAAUCCCAUGCUUUGCUCCCUCAAAGGAAGCUGCAGAACUCGAAGGCUCCAAAACGUAUGCCAAAGAUUUUAUGCGCAAGUAUGAAAUUCCAACCGCAGAAUACCAAAAUUUUGACUUGAGUGUCGCCGCGGACCUCGAGCAGGCCAAAGACUAUAUACAAACCGUUUACCACAAUGCCGUUAUCAAGGCUAGCGGGCUGGUUGCAGGCAAGGGCGUUGUGCUUCCCUCUUCAGCGAAGGAAGCCUGCGAAGAGCUAGAUUCGUUUGCAAACGGCAGAUUCGGCGAUUCUGGACUGUCUGUUGUUGUCGAAGAGUACCUCGAGGGCGACGAAAUCAGUUUCAAGUCAUUUCCACCAGGCCAGGACCACAAGAGAAUCUUUAAUGGUAACACAGGCCCUAACACGGGCGGGAUGGGUGUCUAUGCCCCAACGACAUUUGUUACGGAUGCGAUGAUGUCCAAAAUUGAGGAGACAAUCUUGAGGCCUACCUUUGAUGGUUUACGGGCUGAAGGCCGAACUUUUCGAGGCCUACUCUUAACAGGCAUCAUGAUAACACGAUCUGGCCCAAAGGUUCUAGAAUACAAUGUUCGAUUCGGGGAUCCAGAAACACAGACUAUGAUGCUGCUUCUCUCACAUAAUACGGAUCUAGCUGCAGUGUUAUUGACAUGCACUCAAGGAACUCUUAAAGAUGCCCAUUUAGGCGUUCGCUCCGGUUACGCCUGCAAUGUCGUGAUAUCUUCAGCGGGAUAUCCAGGACCAUAUUCAACAGGCAAACCUCUCCGACUUGAUCCGAUUCUUUCACGAGACGUCCACAUCUUUCAUGCGGGUACGAAGCUGAUAGGAGACGUCUUACACACUGCUGGGGGUAGAGUUUUCUCCGUUGCCGCGUACGGCGACUCACUGGAGGAUGCAGUCAAGGGUGCGUACCAAGGUGUGGAGGCGAUAAGCUUCCAAGGGAUGCAUUUCCGAACCGACAUUGCCAGCCGUUGCAUGACGAAACGUUGA